GUGACACCAGUUCCCUAAAUUUGACUCGGCACUUCCUCGUGAGAAAUCCUGCGUGUGCUUCAGUUUAACAAACUUGGCCGGGACGUUUCUGUUUGUUGGAGUGAUCCCAAGCGCCGUGAAGAUGAAACUCCUCUGUGCCAGGGUGCUGGCCCUGCUCUUGGCCCUGGUGGCCGCCGUCUUCCAUGGAGCGCACGGUCGGAACCCGGGUCUCAAAGCCAAGGUCACCGAGUUCGGACUCACCUACGGUAUGAAGGUGUUCCUGUCUGUGCUGAAGGACCGCGCUCAACAAAUCCAGAUUCCCAACCAGUCCGGCAGGGCUGAUGUCGUCAUCGGGAAGGUCGACUAUCAGUUCACCAACAUUAAGAUGACGUCGUUCAACAUCGGCGGCACGAGCCUUCCCGUGGUGCCCCGCGAGGGCCUGCGUCUCCGGGCCAAUGGCGUGUCAGCUUCUCUCAACGGAAACUGGCACUACUCCGCCAAGGUCGCCUUCAUUCCAAUUCGUGAUGGCGGCACAUUGAGCCUGUCGAUCCGUGAGGUGUCGCUAGAUGUCGUCAUUCGUCUAGGUAAGGACCCCCAGGACCGCCCGACCAUCUCUGUCGGCUCCUGCUCCGCACACAUCGGUGACGUCAGCGUGACGUUUCACGGCGGGGCAAGCUGGCUGUACAACUUGUUCAAGGGUGCGAUCGAAAACACCAUCAAAAAGCAGCUGGACAGCGAGAUCUGCAAGUCCGUGUCGAAGGCCAUCGAUGAAGACGUGGAGAAAUCGUUUGCACAAAUCAAGGUGCUGGAGCCGGUUGGGAAGUUUGCCGACCUUGACCUUGGACUUGAGGAGGCUCCAAGUUUCCUGACAAACUCCAUGGAUCUCCCGCUGAAGGCAGCAGUUGUGCCGCGGGACAGCCGUAUCACCGUGCCGGUCUCCCCUGGCCCCAUUCCCGAGGUGCCCGAGACAUCCCGCAUGAUCUACCUGUACGGGUCCGAGUACGUGGGCAACGCCAUCGCAUACAUCUACCACAAGGCUGGACAGCUCAGGCAUGUUCUCAAGCCAAAGGACAUUCCUAAGGACUUGCCCUUCAAGCUGAACACUACAUAUCUGGCGGGGCUGGUGCCGAAGGUGGGUGAGCUGUACCCGGACAUGGGUGUGGAGCUGGUGCUGAACACGUCCCUGCCGCCCCACCUGUCCAUCCGCCCGGGCCGCGCCACGCUGACAGGCUACGGGAACGUGCACGUGUACGCCACGCCUCAGGACAAGCCUGCCGUCUAUCUCUUCAGCAUCAACGUGACCAUGGAUCUGGGUGCUGAAGUGAAGCUGAUAGGAGAGCUGCUGUACGGGAACGUGUCCAUGGAUCCUAACAAGAUCAAGAUCAGCACAUUCGGCUCGACCAUAGGUCCUGUGCCGUCGUUUGGCUUGGACUUUGGGAUCCGCGCACUGUGCGAGGCGACUGUGCCAUGGAUAAACACCUUUGCGCUGGACAACAGGUUUGAGGGUAUGCUCACGGUGUGGACGUCACGUGACUUUUGCAGACAGGGGGCGGUGCCUGCUAUACACUACCUGGCUCAGGGAAUCCCCUUCCGUCUGAAGGACGUGCUGUUUGAGAACGCGCAGGUGGUCAUGCACCAGGGUUUCAUUUCCAUCGGCACAGAUCUCAGGUACACAGGGAAUUUCUGAUACCACAGUUCAACCACGCCGCCUUGCAGCUGCAGUAGUAAAUGCACGUUUUGAUGCACAUUUUGCUUUGUGUUAUGCGGAAAGCAGCCACAGUUUUAAUCACUGUCUAAUGUAUGUGUAUAUGGAAUAAGUCCAAACAAUUGGAUAAGACUAUGCGAAUAAGCUUUAUCGAUGUGAUAGCCAGGAUACAUUGCGAAAUCAGAUGCAAAAUGUAAACUAAGCGUGUCUUUUA